CAGCUGUUACUUGAUCAUGACAAAUCUGUUCCUUUUCUUGUUUGCCAGUCUUUCUUGUCUACGUAGAAUGUGAUCCACGUUUGUUAUCUACCUCUGGUUUAUCCAUUUUAAUCAAUGCUGCCAUGCAAUCACUAAUUGUCGUGUUGUCGACGUAGCUAAAUGACCAAACAGCUUAACUUAUCAUCAGCUUUACCUCAAAAACAAAUCUUGCAUAGAUAUUACAUUAGUAACACAAAACUGACUGGGAAAAAAAAGUACAAAAUCCCUAAAAGUAUUAAAUAUGCAUAUUUUCUAUUAAAAAAUUAUCAUUUUAGUGAAAUAUUUCACAAUUUUUCAACAAGUUUUCUCUCUCUGCUUCAAAUAGAAAUUUGGCAAAAGAAAGGAACACCAUUAAAUAUAAAACCAUCACAACAAACUUGAGGCUUUAAACAUCAAAUUAUUUAUUGUUUUUUAAUUCUAAGAAGAUUCUUCACUUUAAAGAAAGAACAGAAAGGCGAAAAAAAAAAAAAACUGACAAAACCCAGGUACUCAAUUUGAGUUCAUUCAUUGAUGGGAAUAUUAAAGAUAAUCAAGGAUUAUUACUAAUUACUGAACUGAUAUCAGACCUGUCCAAACACAUUAUUUAAGCACCAGAAUUUAUCAAAAUGGAUAUGAUGCAACUAUUGAAAGUUGCCGCUGUAAUUACAGCUGCUCUUUUAGUAUGGAGUUGUGAUAAUGUUUCUGCCAAUUACCUGAAACGGACCAGCAACACAGCUCUUUCUUCUUACAUGAAUUUAGAACAACAAUUUGCUUUGGAAUCAGAAAUCAUCAGUUUAAUGCAAACCUUGAAAAUAGAAGAGAUGCGAGCAAAAAAAGAUACAGAAUUAGAUUUAAACGAAAUAGAAAUUCAAGUUAAUCAAUCCAAAGCUGUCCAUAGAGUUGUUGGCACUGAUCUUGAAGAAUAUCUUAACCAUCCUUUUAAUGCUUUCCAUUUAAUAAAACGGCUUUAUUAUCAAUGGCUAAAGAUCCUUAAGAAAAUUCUUGGGAAGAAAAUUCAACACAAAGGUCUGCGUUUGAAGUUAGAUAAUUUGGUUGAGAGUUUCCCUGAUGAAGAAGACUUCAUCACAAUUUCAUGGGGUCUAGCUAGGAUGCAAUAUCUCAAGAACAUAGACCUCACACUUCUAGUGAAUGGCACUGUCUUCAACAAACAUUCCCUACAGAAACCAACAGUCACUGACCUUUUUCAGAUUUCACGAAUGAUUUUUGAUGAAGGAAACUUCUACACUGCUAGUCAAUGGUUGCGGGAAACUCUGAAAAUAUGCAAGAAGAGUGGCGAGAAAAAUAAGUGUUCUGAUGAGUUGCUAGAUAACAAGACACUAAAUAUCACCAACAUCUUAAAUCUGUUAGCAUCUUCUUUGUUUGAGAUGGAACAAUAUGACGAAGCAGUUAAGGUUUUACAAGAACUCCUUGAUGUUGAUCCCCAUAAUAAUCGUGCAAAGGAAAAUAAGAAGUUUUUUGAGAAGAAACUGAAAUCCAAAAAAAAGGCUCCAGGCAAAAUGGAACCUAAAGUGCCAGAAGAUUUUCAAGAGGCAAACUAUGAGAAAUUAUGUCUGAAACAAGUUGUUCAGCCUGUUGAGAAAACAUCAAGACUCUAUUGUUACCUACAUCCGACACAUAAACAGAUAUUAUUUGGAAAAGCAGAGAUUCUUAGUCUGAAGCCUCGUAUUAUUUUAUUCCACGAUUUGGUGAAUAACAACAUCACUGACUCAAUAAAAGCACUUGGUAUUAAGGAGAUACAGUCAGUGCUGGAACUUAAUAUAUACAAAUAUGAAAUGCAGGGGAUUUCACUUGAUACAAGAAUGAAAUCACAGAAACAAAAUGAGCUGAAAAGACAUUUUGCAAAUUUAAAGAACUUGGUAUUCCCUCCACUGGAAUCUAGUGUUAUGGAGAUUCGUAACUUUGGACUCCAAGGCUUUUUUGCACCUCUGUAUGCACCAGUGCCAACUGCAGGUGGACAAAUUGGUUCUUUUUUGGUUGCUUUGAAUGACGUCUUGGAAGGAACUGAAAUUGUCUUCCCAUUUGGCAAUAUUACAGCUACUGUAAAAAAGGGAUCUGCCCUCUUCUGGUAUGCUAUUCAUCUAUACCCAGCAAUCUGCCCUAUAUCUCAUGGUUCAUUGUGGCUUGCCUCUAUUGGGUACUAUGAAGGCAAAGCUAAUUACUGUCGAAUGACACAGAGAAGAGCAUGGGACUUGCGAUGGCGACCACAAAAGAAACGGAAACCACAAGUAACUAUGAGUAAUACUGUUAAUGAAAAUAAAAAAUCUUAAUAAUCUCUACAAUUAA